AUGCCUAUCAGAACCGAACACAACAACCAAGCCAUCUACUUCCGCAGUCUCCACGAUCCCAAGAACCCACUUAUCCUAACCAACGUCUACGACGCAGCAACGGCCUCUCUCAUUGCCAAUCAUCCCUCCACAAAAGCCAUUGCAACAGGCAGCUAUGCAAUUGCCACAUCCCAAGGCAUCCCGGACGAUGCCCUAAGCUUUCCUCAAAACCUAGCUGCUAUCCGCUCCAUCGCGUCAGUUCUUAAGCGCAAUGAAGUGCUCUCCCACCAAGAUCAGACAGAUAUAUCUCUCAGAUUUCCUUUAACAGUCGAUAUACAAGACGGCUAUAACGAUGUCGCUCUGACGGUCAAAGAGAUUAUCAAGCUAGGCGUUGUAGGCUGCAACAUUGAAGACCUUGACAGCAACACAGGCCAGCUUCGCCCCCUCUUAGACGCCGUGCAUCGCAUAAAAGUUGCGCUGCAGGCGGCGAAAGAAUCGGGUGUUCCUGAUUUUGUGGUUAAUGCGAGGACGGAUGUCCUUGGAAGCCUGGAUAAGGGGACUAUCGAGGAUGCGAUUGAGAGAGGUAAGGCUUACUUGGACGCUGGUGCUUGCACGGUGUUUGUUUGGGGUGGUGCUGGGGGCAGGGGCGUAUCGAAGGAUGAAGUUGAGAGAUUGGUGAAAGCGUUUGAGGGAAGGCUGAAUGUGAAGCUGGUUUUGAGGGAAGGCUUUCUGACAGUGCGUGAAUUGAAGAAGCUGGGAUUGGCGCGGAUUAGCCUUGGGCCGGAGCUAUAUCGGGCUGCAAUGAAUGCAUUUCAGGAGAAGGCAGAUGCAGUUUUGAGGGAUUGA